AUGCCAACAACAAAAAAAUCGGAUUACUAUAAACGCCCGAGGCCAUCGAUGCAGGAGCUUAAGUUGAGCGACGCCAGUGAUAAGUCUAUGAUGAGUUUGCGUCAAGAAUUUUUAAAGAGACACGCAGCAUCGUCAUCUACAACUGCAAAAUGCACAAACAAAAUUAAAUAUGAAAUAUGUGACCAACAGGCUGCAGCCAAAGAUAAAUGGGGCCUAGUUGCUAGUGCCGUUAAAUAUGGUGACCCAACAAGACCGCUGAUUAACGUAGCAAAUAUCCAGCUACGGUUGUCUGAGCAAGAGUCCCCCACAACAACCCCACCCCGAAAACAACGCGGCUACGAUUUUACAAGUUCCACAAACUCACAUUUUGAUAAUUUGAUUAUAGCAGCGCCGAAGAAAUUCAAACGCAGAUGCUCGAGCGCAUCCACCUCAUCCAAGCCAAAAAGCAGCUAUCUAACCAUAAAUUCAACAACAACGCCACCGAGGCUGUCAGAUGAACAGUUAGUCACCUCACAAGAAAUGAUCGAUUCACAACAUAAGGAGUCGGGUGCCAAACGCACGAAUUUUCGCGGUCCCGAAUGGAAGAAACCAUGUCGGGAGAGCGUUGUAGCUGGUGCGCCAAAACCCUUUGUCGGCACUUGCCCGAUAAAUUUCGAAGCGUUUGCAAAACUAUCACGUACGCGCCAAAAAUUCUUUCUCACUCGAGAUCCGCGCAAGAAGUAUUGCUUGGUUAAUCCACAGGCAUUGCGUACGAAGGCUUUCUCAGAGAAGCGUGAAUUCAAUAUAUUGGCAAAGUCAGUUAAAUAUGCAGACAAUGUUUGUGGCGAGACGCGGUCGCAAUCAUCAGAGUCAUUUAUUUGCGACCAAAAAGACUUGGAGAACCCUAUGCAACUGGACUUUCAAGGCCUUGAUUAUCAACAAACCUAUCAGGCCGACGAACAGGAUGUACAAAAUCAGAGCUUAUAUCGCAGUAUAGUGCGUCACAUGGAGCGACGUCGUGUCAAACAGGACAUACAGGAUAAAGUAGAAGGAGAAUUGUUAAAUGAACGCCUGACAGUGCCUAAAUGCUUUGAGGUGCCGGAUCGCACCGUGGAAGAGAAGGAGCCAAGCAGUGAACCACCUCUGCCGUUUUGUAAAUUAUUCCGCUCGGCCGACAAGCCAUACAAUCAAGAGAAAAUAGCAGAAGAAAGCCGAAACCGCCGUGAUCGUUACAAGACGCUCUAUUUGCGGCGUAAAGAGCUCGCAGAGCAAGAACAAUACGCAAAAAAACGGCAAGACAAAGUUGAUGAGGAGCUCAAACCCACAAUGCUGGCGAAGAAGCAUUUCACUGAAGUGGUAGAUAGCAUAGAUGCAGCAUGCGACCCCGAUAUUAAAAUAGAAGGGCUGGUGCGUAAAUCGCCAAAGCCAGUACAGGGUUUUCCCCAUACGCUGCGCGAAACAAAGCAGUUCAAGAAGGUAUUGAAGGCGGAAAAUCGUAUUAAACGCGACAAAGCCCUUGUUAAAAAGGAAUAUUUUUUGAAAAAUUUCGGCAAGUUGAAGGACUACCCGGAAGCAAAGCUGGAGAUUAGCAGCGAUACUCCAAAACAUAGCUCUGAACGCACAGAGCUCAGCGAACAGUCUAGCGAUGACGAGGACGACAUUGAAGUGGGUAAGUAUGGUAGCAACUAUAAGCUGCGUGGCUUCCACUUCAAGCUGGGCGAAAGCUUGCGCGGCAAGCAACACCAGACAGAGAAGGCCGGCGGAACGCGCAAAGAGAAGACAUGCAAGACGCGUGAACGGUGGUUGGCGGAGUUGGCGCCGAAGAAGGAAGCCAUUAGGCUGGACAUUGAAGAGGGCAUACCGAAAUUGCGUGAGCCCGAUGAUCCCCUGCUCAAAAUCUUUCUGCCACAAUUCGGUUAUAAACUGCCGAAAAUAAAGAGUAGCGCCGUACGCGAGUACAUCGAAAAGCGGUUGGGACGUCACUAUGAACGUGACUUGCGUAAAAAGUUUAGAAUUGUACGACCUCGUCUCGAGUAUCCAAUGAAGAAGUUUAAUCUGAUACGUUUUCUCUAUGACGAAAGAGCGCAAAACCAGCAGAGUGAGAAAUCGCAGUCGGCACAGCAGGGUGAUGAACUCGAUUUGAUGAAUUUGAAUACAACGCUCGAAUACAUGGCCGCGAAGGAUAAAAUAAAAAAACAGCACAAGGCGCAAAUAAAAGAGAAGCGUCUCAAAUUGCUUGGCAUACCAUGUUACGUGGUGAAAAAGUCCAGAUUGCAAACAAAAUGCGAGCAAUCGGACACAGAUUCAGAUCCUGAAUGGGUACCGGAACCGGAGCCGGAGUUAGUGGAUCAGGAAGAGAAUAGGCGCGCAAAGCUAGCCAAAAGCGUUAGAGUACCAAUGGACAUGCGAGGUAAUAUGCCUGCGCCCAGGUAUCGAGAAACAACCAUACGUCGGCAUCCGCGAAAGCCACGUGACUACCUUAACGAGCGCGUACCUUCACUACUAUUCGACCAGACCGUCGCCGCGGUACACAAGCCGGAUUUGGUCAAACUUAGUCCCGACGAAAUACACUUCAACAAUUUGCGGGACGUGAAGAAGCGUGAUUAUUCGAAAUUGUUCGAGGCGCGCCAUCACCACGAUCACUGGGAUUAUAUGCAACAGAAACCGGUGGAUGUACACUAUCAGCCUAAGAUUAUCAAGGCUCAAGUGACGAAGGGUAAGAGCAAAGAAGAGAGCGUGGUUAUGGACAAUUUUCGCAUGGCGCAACCACCCUGCAAUCAAUUUGUUGAGAUGGAUUUGACCAUGCCCAAAUGGAAUACAAAAGAAAUGGUCGAAAACUACCUGCAGAAGUCUUGGAAGCACGUAGUUGCCGAUAACACUCUUCACAUUAAAGAUCUGUGUCAGCCACGCGACUUCCACUAUCACAGUCGUCCAGCUGAAGAUUUCGAAGAACUCGAUUAUCCAGGACGCAAAGAGUAUUUGGAAUUCUUACAUGAAGUGCGCAAGGCGCUUUAUGAAACCAAAGUGAACGAAGAUGAGGGCCAGAUAUUUACUGUCAAUCGUGACGAAAUAGUUCAAGAAAUAGAAGAGGAUCUUAAAAGUAUUGAGACGUGUCUGACCUCGCUUAGUAGCUCUGUGUGCACGAAUCUAACGAACGACAGUGGCAGUUUUCUGCUAAUGGAAGGCAAAACGAAAAUUCCACUCGACUAUAUACGCAAAUCAGUGGUGCCAUUCGAAGCGUUGAAUCGUUGUCGCUUCAAGUUGGAGCCACUCGAUAUCGAGGCUGAAGAAAAUAAUCCUUUUGUGGUGCUCCCCUUUGCGGGACAGCGCAAGGCGCAGUUGAAAUUGAGCACACCUAAAGAUAGCUUCUUUACAUUCAACACGCGCCUACGGAAUGGUUUGCGUUUGCGCCUUGAGGUUCCGGUAGAAGAUGUACGUCAAAAACUUAUUGGCCACGGACCGCAUAAGUAUCGCAGCGUAGUGACGACUGAUAUCGAUGAAAACUAUGUGGAUGAAUUGAAAAAUCGUCCACCAGUGAAAAUGUUCAAUUUCAAAAGCGGCAGGUCGUUUAUUAAGGAUGCACAGCGUUUGAAAUUCGAAUCUAUGCUCAUACAAGGUCAAAUAGUGCGUAUGAAAAUCUACGAUAGGUUAAACGAGCACCAUUGGGAGAAUAUGCUGACUUUGAAGUCACUAUAUGAGAAGCUUUUCGCAAAGUGGGAGAAAAGUGAAUACGAAGCCGCCACGUCGGUGGUACAUAAGGUGAAAUCCUAUUACGACCGCACAGACGCUUUGAAGCGUGAAUUUCGUGAAUUAGAACGCCAACAAAUUGUGCUUAAUAUGGACAUUGUUUUUAUUGAAGGCCAUUGGAUUCGCCGUAUAAUGUUACAAAACUUUCACUAUUUGCUCGGUGAUUCGGAGUGGCGUUACGAAAACGAUUGGAUACAUCGCAUUGAACAACCGGUACAGCGCGAUUCCGAGUGCGAUGAGGAAGAGGAAGAAGAAGAAGAAAAUGGCUAUGGGAAAGAAUGCGAAAGGGUGGUGAUUGAAUUGGAGAACUUCGAAGAGUCGAUCGCCAAACGCAAUAUUGUAAAUAUACGUAAGCGUGACAAAGACGACGCGUGGGCAAUUAAGGUCUAUUAUGAGGAUGUAUAUCUACAAAAUUUGCAUCCUAUACUAAUUGUAUUUCCCGAUGCGGAGAGUUUUAUGCGUGGCAUAGAAAAUUUGAAAAUUAAAACCUUUGUAUUGUUGCUCGAAAUGCACUUUACGCUAUCCAUAUACACUGAGCUGCAGAGUAGGUUGGAUACUUUUGAGGAAUGGUGUCUAGAGGAUUUGCGCGAAAAGCAAGCGUAUGUUUCGCGCAAAUGUGCAAAGCUGUAUUUUAUGUCCGAUCGUGCGGCAGAAAUGAAGAAACGUACAAUUGAAUUUUUGAAUAAACCCAUUGAGGAAUCAUUCAGCGAUGAUAAUUUCAUCAAACAUCGUGCGGUCAUUGCUGAGGUGUGGCGCGAAAUUGUACCGGCAAAUAUGCGCAGCGCUAGUGGUGAAGAUCCUGAGCCUUUCGAAAUGGUCGCCAUGAUUUCCGAAGUGGUGUUGGAGCUGAUAUCUAAAUUCGAAAUCAUACCAGUCGAUGAGAGUCUAAGCACUGAAGUUCAGCUUCGUCGGCGUCGCGCUUAUGAUCGUAAAAUCUCUCGACAAGCUUAUCAAGUAGAAAAACGUAUUGAAAGUGAAAUGAAAAAGGUGUGUCACAAUUUGGAACCGCCUUUUAUAAGGCCGAAACGUAUAGGUAAAUUACCACGCUUCACAAUCAAAAAGAAGCCAAAGAAGAAAGUCGUUCAGGAAACACGUGUUUCUGAGCACACAAAAUUCUUUUUCCGCGCCUUCAAUGAUGAAGGUGAUGUUAUGCAUUUGCAAGAAGCGCGCGAUAGCAUCUUUGUUAUGGACACUAUACAAGAGCAAAUUGUACCAUUCUAUUUCGAUCAUUUCCUUAAACUGAAUGGCUACACGCCGAAUUAUAAUUUUAAAACUAAUGUUGAAUUACGAGAUGGUCCUGAGAUGUCACGUGUGACAUUGCGUUCAUUACUGCCAGAGAUUUUGGAGAGACUUGACAAGUGGGAAGUCGGACGAAAGCGUAUCAUGGAGGAUAACAUACAACGCAAUCCAAAAAUGUACGAAGAUGUUCAAUUUUGAAUUAACAGUAUUAACUUACUGCGAAUACAUAUUUUUGAAAUGAUUUUAUACAAAGUAAAUAAAGGAAAAAAAAUUAAACGUUAGCAAUGACAAACUUACUC